AUGGGUACAUCAGCAUUCCCGACGCCGCAGCAGCCGGCAAAGCGGGCUGUGAACCUCACGGCGGGCGCGUUCUCGUUUGCUACGCCUUCACCCGGGUCAAAGGGGAAGAGGGAUGUCAAGGGGAAGGGGAAGGAGCGGGAUGGGCGGUCUGCGGGAGCGAUGAGCGCGCUGAGCGCUGUAGGGCUUCAGACGCCACAGCCACGGGGCGGACAAGCGAAUGUCGGCGGAGGCGUAGAAGUCAAGCGGGAAGAAAGGACUGGGGGAGGGGCCGCGGAGAAGAGGGAUGGGGAUAUGAGGGCGAUGGUGACGCCUAUCCGGGAACUCUCGAGGCCUCCCACUGCGGCUGGGUCAUCGGCUAUCAAGCUCUCUUCGGUCAUACCUCUGCCACCGACAACGAUCGCAAAGAAGGAACGGGAGGACGAGCGCUCGACCAAGACACCACGCAAAAUGACAUCCCUCUCUUCCUUUGCUACGCCGUGGGGCCUGCCCUCGCGAUCGGGACCGAACGAUCGUCCGGUCACUCCGGACCAUACGCCAGGAUCGAGCAAGCGGCGCCGGCUGGGGGAUCUGGAGGUGCAAUUGCCGGUUCAGAAGGUCAAGGAGGAGAAGGAGGAUCUCGGGCGGCGGGUCGCGCUUCGGUAUAUGGGCGAAGGGGUGAGGCUGGAGGGUGUGGGCCAGAUCGAGGAAGUAGGCAAGGAUGAGGGGGAGAAGGAGGUGGGGGUGGGGAUCAGUCCGAGGAAGGGGAAAGUGAAAUGGACGGGAAGAGGGGAACCGCCACUCGCCCUUCGGCUCAACGCGCUCCUCACUACCCAAACAUCCUCCCUCACCCUGUUCUACACUUCCCUCCAGCACACCCUGCAUCCCUCACACCCAUCACAUCGCUCUGCCAAUACCUCCGGCAACUCUUCGAAAGUCGAAACUAAGCCCAUCCUACCCCCAUCCGCACUAGAGCACAUUCGUACCGCCCCCUUUCGGCUUCGUCUCAUCCGCCCUCUUUCUCCACGAGAACACGCCGCGCAGCUCUGGCUCGCCUCUGUCAGGACAUGGCCGUUACCCCCUGGCAAGACCGGAUGGGCCGAGGCGGCCGAAGACGAGAUACCACCCGAGGAGGUACUGGUGAAUUUCGCACAGGCGGCGAAGGGGGCAGCAGGUGUUGGUGGACCAGGGGCGGACGUGAAGGUCAUAGCGGGGAGAUGGUGGGAUCGGGUGGAGAGGGGAGAGAAGGUCGACGAUGGGGAGAGCGGGAGGUGGGAGGUUGGGGUCUGGAGCGAGUGGAGUGUGAUCGAUCUGCCAGUGGAGGAGGAAGGGGAGGGUAUGGGCGGGAUGGAAGACGUCGAGGUGCUGAGAAGCGGAAGGAAGGUGGUUUUUGUCAGUCGAUAUAUGAUCGCUGAUAGGCGGUAG